GCACAGAUCUCUCUCUCUCUCUCUCUCUCUCUCUCUCUCUCUCUAUAUAUAUAUAUAUAUAUAUAUCACUCUCUCUCUCGGUCUCUCGAUCCUUCGCUUGCUUCUCUGCACCCCUAAACCCAAUCCAAGUCCUGAUUCUUUUGAUCGGAGAUGAGGAGGAAGAGGAAGGCGGCGGCGGCUAAGGCUGAGACGGCUGCGGUGGAGGCGAAGAGGGAAGAAGAGGGCGGCAGCAGCGGCGGCAGCAGCAAGUCGUCGAACGAGCUCCCCAAGGAGUCCAAGGCCUCCACCAGAGGGAAGCGGAUCAAGGCCCCCAAGACGGAGCCCGAGUUCUUCCCCGAGAAGAGGAAUCUGGAGGAUUUAUGGCAAGCUGCCUUUCCUGUUGGAACCGAGUGGGAAAACAUGGACAAAAUUCGCGAGAUCAACUGGAAUUUUUCAAAUUUGGAGAAAGCUUUUGAGGAGGGAGGAGAACUUUGUGGAAAGAAGGUCUACCUGUUCGGAUGCACUGAACCUCAGCUGUUGGAUGUAAAGAAUGAACAGAAAAUUGUACUUAUCCCCAUUGUGGUAGCUGUGAUUUCUCCUAUUCCACCAUCAGAUAAGAUUGGUAUAAAAUCUGUUCAAAGGGAGACGGAAGAAAUAAUACCAAUGAAGGCAAUGAAAAUGGCAUGGGUUCCAUACAUUCCCCUAGAAGACCGGCAUAGUCAGGUUGAUAGAUUGAAGACUCAAAUAUUUACCUUGGCCUGCACCCAAAGAAGAUCUGCUUUAAAACAUCUGAAAAUCGAGCGCGUCAAACAAUAUGACUAUUGCCUUCCUUAUUUUCAACCUUUGAAAGCUGAUGAAGAUGAAGAUGACACUGUUGUUAAUAUCAUGUUUCCAUUAGAACCACCGGUUGUCUGUGAUUUUGACUGGGAAUUGGAUGAUAUUGAGGAAUUCACUGAUGAACUUGUCCAGGAGGAGGCAUUACCAAAUGAUCAGAAAGAUGCCUUCAAGGAAUAUGUAAAGGAGCAGGUUAGAGAACGAAAGAGAGCACAACGACAAGCGAAGGAAGCAAGAAAAAAAGCCAUUGAAGAUAUGGAUCCUGAGACAAGAGCUGCAUUCGAGAACAUGCGAUUUUAUAAGUUUUACCCUGUACAAACACCAGAGACACCUGAUAUAAGCAAGGUGAAGGUACCAUACAUAAAUAGGUAUUAUGGAAAAGCUCACUUUGUGAUGUAAUGGGAUCUCUCUUUUGCUGCUUUUCAUCAUAUCUUGGAAUCUCACUUUUGACCGGCCUGCUUGUGGCUUCUGCCCAGAAGAGAUUGGAAGCAUUUUUGAUUUCUGAGGUGGGAAGAGUGUCCUUUUUACCUUCAAUUAUAUCAAGAAUCUGCAGCAAUAGCUUUAGUUUAUUUUUUCUUCUUCUGAUAGUGCUAGUGGGCGAGAUUAAUCCCUGAUCACCCUUCUAUCUUGAUAGUCAUAAACAUUUUUUUUUAUUUCUUUUCUAGCCUAAGGUGGAUCAGGUAAAGAAGUGGGAGGGAGGUGAUGGUUUUAGAUACAUGCUGACAAAGAGCCUGUAAUUUAUUUAGAAUUUCCUAAAGAUGUUGCAAGGCAUUUCCAAAGAUUUUUGCAAAAUUGUUUAAGCCAAUAAAUUUGGCAACGACUUUUUAAUCCUUCUA